UAACACAAUAUCACUCAUUUAUUCAGAAAAGUUGAAGCUGUUUAGAUGUAUGAGUAACCAUUCAGAUGACCAGAAUAUUUGUUUUGGGUAAAAUGAUUAUAUAACAGGAAAAACAUUCACUCUCUCUUCACUCCGCAGAAUUUGGAUUUUAAAAGAAAGAAAUGGCUAGUCCAAGAAGAGUCACCUUUGCUGAGAAGAAACACCAAGGGUUAGAUUUCCUGGAUUAUUUGAAGGAUAAUGAAAUAAACUUUGUUGGCAAGACUAAGCGGGAACUUCAGACAGUUUACAUUGACAAAUACAUUCCAAGUGAUUCAAAUAAAUGUAAUAAAAAUCUAGCCUUUGGGCCUGUGAUACAGACCUUGUUUACCACCGGACGACUUCACCUGAGGGGCAUUCACAUCCAUAAAGGUCCUGCUGCUCCCCCAUACCUCAACUCUCACAAAAAAAAGGAUAAACAAAAUGAAAAUCAGAACAAUAACAGUGACCCAAAUGCAGGAAGAUUUUACAAAAGAACACCACCCAGGCGAAUUGGCCAAGUAGCAGUUAACCAGCAUGUGGUCAUUAAUCGCAGCUUCACUCCUACACCAGUGACCAGUAGGACCUCCUCCCCAGCUCCAGACUUCCCUAACCGAUCUCAAGCCAGCAAUCAGCGGAGAGAAUCACAGCCCAGUAUGGAUACAGAAAACAUUAAGAGAAUUGGGAACUAUUAUGAGUGCAUGAUUUGUGGUGCAAGGUCGACAUCAGUGGCUGAGAUGGGAAGGCAUUCUCAGGGGAGGAGACACAGGCUAGGAGUGGUCACGUCUGAAAUGAAGAAGCAAAGAGAUUAUCUAAUUAAAGACAGAGAAGGCAUUGCUAUAAUAGGAGACAAUGCUGACUACCUUAAUGGAACAUACCAUAUGCAGAUCAAGGAAAACAUUGAGAAAACCAUGUUCCUAAAGCUAGAGAAUCAAACAGAAGAGAUGGUAGAGCUGUUACACUGUGAGAUGUUAAAGAGAAUGAGGGUGUUCAAACUUGACGAUGUUAAGAAAGUCACGGAGGGUCAAGGGGCCGUGCCAUUAAUUCCAGGGAGUCAUUACAUCAUCAAAGUCCAUGCCUGUGCCAGGGGUUUAGGAACAUUCCACGUCCCAAUCGCCUUUCAUCUGCGCCGAUUAUCAGGGAAAGAGUUCCACAUCAUUCGUUAUUUAAAUGCAAAGUGUGUUAGUGACAUCACAGAGCAGUUGAAGCCCACGACACCAUACAAACCUCCAACAAGGGUUGCAGAGUACCAGGAAUCAUUGGAGACAGUUCAGGGCUUAAAACCUCCCAAGCUGACAGAGGAUAAUCUUAAGCGGAUGAUGCCGCUGGGGAACUAUACAGUAAGUCGUCAAAUGAGGACGAUGAUCAAUAGGAGAUUUAAGACAUCACUCUGUAGCAACCAGGCAGAGAAGCUGGAGAUGAGUGCUACCAGAAAAAUACUUGAAAAUCCCUUGACUAGAAAUACAUACCAGAAAAAGUUCCAUGCUUUGAUGAACAUAGAGGAGUUACAGAUGCAGGUUGAUAUCCGGCGAUAUGACAUGAACGACUCGCCAAUGACAAAAUGUUCACACAACAAAAGACUACUAAUGCUGGAGGUGCCAGGGCUGGCUGAGAACCGCCCCUCUGUCCUGAAAGGUGACCACUUGUAUGUCCGAAUGCCCGGCAAUGGACGCAAAGAAUAUCAAGGCUAUGUUCAUGAGGUCCACCAAAGGGAAGUAGCCCUUGGAUUCCAUGACAGUUUGGUGUCCAACUUUGUAAACAAGACUAAGUUCAAUGUGAGGUUUAGUUUUAACCGCCUACCCCUGAAGCUUCAGUACCGGGCCUGUGAACUGGCCAUGGAGGAGGGACUCGAACCUCUGUUGUUUCCCACCCCCAGCAACAUCUGUAGGCGAGGGCUGUACCAACUCCCUAACAAGAGAAAAUUCUUUGACAGGAAGAUAGAGUCUAACCAAGAGCAGCAGUUAGCCGUGACCAAUAUAGUAACGGGAACGUCCCGCCCUGCCCCCUACAUUGUGUUUGGACCCCCGGGGACGGGCAAAACUGUCACAAUUGUAGAGGCCUUGCUACAGAUCUAUUACUACCAACCAAAGGCCCACAUACUGGCAUGUGCCCCGUCAAACAAUGCUGCGGACCUGCUGGCUGAACGUAUUCUGGGCAGCAGUAUCGUGACCCGCAGACAUUUGUUACGACUCAAUGCUUACUCCAGACACUGGUUAUCUGUGCCUGAGAAAAUCCGGGACUGCUGUAACUUUAACAAGAGGAGUAGUCAGUAUUUCUAUCCCACCGUGGAGGAUCUGAUGAAGUACAGGGUCAUUAUUACUACACUUGUCACCGCAGGAAGAUUGGCCUCUGCAAACUUCCCGGCGGGUCAUUUCAGCCAUGUUUUUAUUGAUGAGUCUGGGCAAGCUAUUGAGCCUGAGGCCCUGAUAGCUAUAGCUGGGAUACUGACUGUAGACCCAGGUCUGAAUUGUGGACAGCUGGUCCUAGCUGGGGACCCACAACAAUUAGGACCAAUCCUCCGGUCCCCCAUAGCACAACAGUAUGGACUAGGAACUUCAUUAUUGGAGAGAUACAUGAAUGAAGUCCAAGUGUACAAACGUAGAGAUGAUGAAGAUGACCCAGAUCAUCACUAUGACAACCGUCUCAUCACCAAACUUCUCAGAAACUACCGCUCUCACCCAGUCAUCUUAAACUAUCCCAAUGAAACAUUUUAUAAUGGUGAACUUGUGCCAAAUGCUGAUGAGAACAUCAGAACCAGUUUAUGUGACUGGGAGGAGCUACCCACGAAGAAUUUCCCCAUCAUUUUCCAUGGAGUUGUGGGCAAAGACCAGAGAGAGGAGAGAAGUCCCUCAUUCUUUAACCCCGAGGAGGCAGCAGUCGUGUUUAGUUACGUGAGGAAGUUACUGACAGAAAAAAGGAGGGGGCUACGAAUUCAGCAGAAACAAAUAGGGAUUAUAACUCCAUACAGAAAACAGGUCCAGAAGAUACGCCAGUUAGUCCAUAACAAGGGUAACUUUGGGGAGGUAGAUAUCGGCUCAGUGGAGGAAUUUCAGGGGCAGGAGAGAUUGAUUAUCAUCGUCUCCACGGUCCGUUCCAACCCUGAGUACUUAUCCUUAGAUCUCAACUACAACCUAGGAUUCCUCAGGAACCCCAAGAGACUCAAUGUGACCUUGACCCGUGCCAAGGCCUUACUUAUUGUGAUAGGUGACCCGAAUACUCUGUCACAGGACCAGUACUGGAAAGGAUUCAUUGACUUCUGCAUUGCCAACAAGGCCUACACUGGAGUGGAUUUUGCUGGAGAUGAGGAAAUGGUCGAAGACAUCAUGCAGAGACUAAACAACAUCAAUAUCAAUACUAGUCUGCUGGACGAAGAUGAUGAUGAUGAUGAUGACCCAGGGGAUGAAUUAAUUAAGGCCAGUGAACACGACGAAAAAGAAUGGAGAAAAGAAAUCUGAUUUUCUGUAAUCCAUUAACAUUAAUCCAGACAUGUCAAGCUACAAAAAACAAUCUGUCAGUGGUUGUCAUCGGACUAAGUCCUUUAAAUUAUCAAAGGAAAAAACAUAAUUAUUUGAAUUUUUAAGCAUAAGUUGCUGGUACAAUUUCAAUGGAAUGUUAUGAUUUUUAAUAGAAUUUUCAAGAUAUGUAGAUUCCUAUCAAUUCUGUCACAGUAGGGUUACUAUCUGAUGUCUGUGGAUUUUUGUAUAUAUGGAAAGCUAUGGACAGGGAGAGUGAAGCAGGACAAGUAUAUAUAAAUUUAAAAUUAAUUAGCAGCAAAUUCUGUUAUUACAAAUCAAUGGUUGAUUGAAUGAUAAUCAUGUCAUUUUUUUUCCUCCUGCCACUUAAUAUUGAUAAUCUGUAAUUCUUAGGACAAAUAAUUUUUCAAUAAUGCACGAAUUAAUUACAGGACUUUGAAGCUCUUUGUGUAAAGGGAAAUAUUUGAUUAUUAAAAUGUUCCAAUCUCUUUCUCUCUAUAAUGCAAAAGAUCAAUUAUUACAUCAGUGAAGCAUUCAGUGUAUAAUGUUUGAUAUUUACUGCUAGGUUGAGAGAGGAAGGAUAUGUACAUGAUUAAUUUUCUCUGAUCCGGAGAUAAAAGUACAUAAAUGUUCUUUGAUAUUGUGCUCUUUAGUUGGCUUUAAAAAAAAAAGAAAAGAUUUUUUUAAAGCUUUUAUAAAAUUUCUGCUUUUGCUUGCAAGUUAAUUGAUUUAAUUUUAAGUUACUAAAUAUGUAUACAUUGUACAUGUUGUAAAAAUUUUUAGAAUGAAAUUUUUAAAUAGAUUAUUGAUUAGUAAACACACUAGGUAAAUUUAGUCACAGUUACUUCUCUUUAAGAGGCUCCAGUGAUUAGAGCAGGAUUUUAAUAGAUAGUCAUUUUACAUUAUGUUUUAACAGUGUAUUAUAUACAUACUAUAAUAUUCCAACAUUUGUGCAAAAAUUUUAAGUUAUUUUAAAUUUUUCCAUAAUUAGUUCAGAACCAGUUUGUGAGUUUGUCAUUAUCAUAACCAUUGAUUAGAUUUUACUCUACUGGAUCAUCUCAGUCAAAGGCUUAAGUAAACUCUUCUUUCCAAAGUUUUUUUUUUCAUUGUCUGUCUGUGUUCUUGGUAACUUUCACGUCUUGAACCACUUCACCAUUUUGAAUCAGACUUGUCGUGAAGCAUCCUCAGUUGAUAGAAUUUAAGUUUCUGCAAAUGAAAGACAAUAUGUAAUAUCAAGAUUAUUUACUAAGGUCAGGAUAGGUUCAUCUGAAAAUCUAGAGUUAUUGAGAUGUUUUUCGAGCUUGCUGAAAAGGCCCAGGAAGAUGUGAUUGCAGAAAAAGUAGAAUUCAUGGAGUUAGUCAAAUUAAAAUACAUGUACUAGUGUCCUCGUGUAUUCUAUACAGAAAUGCCCUCUGUGAUGAUAAGGCCACAGUGGAGGUUCAGAUUUUUUUAAAUAUAUGUAUAUGAACUUUUCAUACACAAACUUCAAGACAUUAAUUUGAAAGAAAAACAGGAUCUCUGACACACUUUGCUAGUUCAUUAAGGGAUUACAUGUUAUGUAGUGUCAGAAAGAAAACAAGAAGUGUAAAGUGAGCAGUGUGGCCCAUGAGCCUCUGAUUUUGUCCUAUGUUGAAAAGUUGGUUAAAAAUAUUCCUUAAUUCACACAAAUUAUUUUUAGAUGACCUUUUACCCCUACUGUGGAUUUUUAUUCCUCUUUAUGACAUAUUUUGGAAUCCUGAAGGGGAAAUGAUGACGUGCGAAUGUCGUUAAUGUAGGUAGACAUGACGAUGUUGUGCGAAUGUCGUUAAUGUAGGAAUUCGUUGUUUUGUUGCAUGCUUUUAUUUGAUCUUUAGAAUUUUUAAAGGUUCAUAUGAUAUGUUUGGAUGUCUUUGACAUCAUAACUAUACAUUUUGAACAGAAUUUGAAAUAUCUGUGAUAUUGUAAUGUAUUCAAGCAAGAACCCCCCAUAUACGUACUAGGACAUGUGUACAGCAUUUGGUGAACAUUUCAGGCAGUUAUACUGUAAAACCUGUUCCCUAUCAUCCCUUUAAAAUAUCUUAGAUAAGUAUGGAUUGUCAAGAGGUGGUUUUUGGUUUUAUAAACACAGACACUGUUUUUCAAUUUAAAAAAUCACAUUUAAUAUGAUAGACAUGACACUGGCAGUAAGGAAAUUGUAGGGUUUUGGGGCUUACUUGAAAUAGUCAUUGUUAUUUGAUACUGUUAACCAGAAAUAAAACAAUUUGAUGUCUUCA